AUGUUCAAAUAUAUUCGCUACAGACUAUUAAAUUCAAUGGCUGAACAAAUAAAGAGAACCGUUUCCCAUGAAGACACGCCAGGAACGAAAAAGUUGAAACCAACCCUCAUUCCUGCACUUACAGAGGAAGCUGUUGGUAUAUUGAAGUUCAUCAACCCAAAUUCCGUAGGGUUUCAAGGCUUUUUGAAAACUUUGCAUUCAGAUUUUCAAGUUAAUGAGAUUGAACCCAGUGGUAAUGUGGUCCACUUGAUUGACCUUGGAAUUGAUAUGGGUAAGUCGAAGAAGGAAAAGAAGCUUGAACAAAGAGCUAAAGAAGCACAAGAAUUUGAGGGCAAGACAGAGGAAGAAAUUGCCAAUAUAAAAGCCGAAAGGAUUAAGGCACAAGAAAGUGAGCCAAAGUAUGAAUUGAAUAAAGAGGAUAGGACUGAGCUACUUGGCUAUAUCAAUGAGGAAGAGUUGGAGCAGAUUGAACAAUUAUUCCACACCGGAAAUCACAUGGAAACAAAAACAACUAUUGACGACAAGGAAAAGAGGGGAAAAUUGCAUCAGCUAUUGCGUAAAGCUUUCCAAGGUAAGUUGGAAAGUACAACGUCUGCUCAAAACACAUUUAAAAUCGUCAUUGCCAAAAACAGAGGUAACAAUAGACGUGGUGGAGACGCAAAUGUAAUGGACAGUAUGCAUCAUGUCGAUGAAAAUGGAGUCAUAAAUUACGGACUUGGACCAUUCAAGCCGUAUUUACAUUUUGCAGUUUUCAAGCAGAAUAGAGAUACAAUGGAUGUUGCCAAUAACAUUGCUAAAAUGUUGCGUAUUUCCCCGAAGACAAUCAACUAUGCAGGAACAAAAGAUCGUCGUGGUGUAACUUGUCAAAAAUUUUGUAUUCAUCGAGGCAAAGUUCUUCGUGUGAGUGCAUUGAAUAAGAUGAAAAAUUCAAACUUCAAGUUGGGUUCAUUUACGUAUGAAGAUUAUCCGUUGAAAUUGGGAGAUUUAGCUGGUAACGAAUUUACUAUUACUUUGCGUGAUGUGAAACCCGCUGCUGAAGAAAGUACAAACGCAGACUUGCGCACAAUUGUCGCCCAGUGUUUUGAUAGUUUCGACAAGCACGGGUUUAUCAACUACUUCGGGAUGCAACGAUUUGGAUCAUUUUCAGUACCUACACAUCAACUUGGUAUUGCUUUGCUACAAGAAGACUGGGAGAAAUGCGUCGAGCUCUUGUUGUCCGAGCAAGAAGUAUGUGCUCCAGGAACGAUAGAUAUGAGGAAAAUUUGGAAAGAAAAGAGAGACGCAAAAGAGGCAUCAAAGGCAUUACCUAGACAUUUUGUUGCUGAAAACUCCAUUUUAAAGGUUUUAUCCAAUGAACAGCAGGAUGCAGAGAAGAAAUAUAAGCCACAUUCUUAUUUAAAAAGUCUUUUGGCUAUACCGAAAAACUUGAGAAUGAUGUAUGUUCACGCUUAUCAGUCAUAUGUGUGGAACUUAGUAGCAUCAAAGAGAAUUGAAUUGUUUGGUCUUGAAAUACAGGAAGGUGAUUUGGUCCUUGAUGAUCAAGUCACGGAGACCACAAGUGUUGAUGAUGGGUUUGAAGAAGAUGUUGCGGUAUCAAACACUGUUUCUGUGAAAGCAUUAACCAAAGAGGAUAUUGAUAGUGGUAAGUAUUCAAUCUUUGAUGUUGUUUUACCUAGCCCUGGUUUCAAGAUCCAGUAUCCUACGAAUGAGAAAUUGAGACAGGUUUACAUCGACACCAUGGCCAAAGACAGCCUCGAUCCGUUCGACUUGAUGAGAAAGAAUAAGGAGUUUUCUUUAACUGGUGCUUAUAGGACCUUGUUAUCUAAACCAAAAGACCUUUCUUACGAACUAAUUGAAUACAAGGUCGAUGGUAAGCCUUUGGUUAGAACAGACUUGGAAUUGCUAGAGGUGAAGAAGACAGAGGGUAACAAUGAUGAAAACAACGAAAAGGAUUUAUCGGGUAGGAUCAUCAAAUACGAAGAAGAUGCAGGCGAAAAUCUUACCGAACCUAAAUUUGCAGUCGUUUUGAAAAUGAAGUUAGACGUCAGUUCAUACGCUACGAUGGCAUUGAGAGAGUUUAUGAGAAUCGAUACAUCCAGAUAUGCUCAAAUGAAGUAG